UGUUUAAUUUGCACCGGCCAGUUUCGACAAACAUCAAAAUAUGUUGUAUGUGAAGUUUCACAUGAUUGAAUUUCAGGCAUUUCUGUCCUGUUUGGUGGUAUUCUUAAUCAAAGGCCUCUUCCGUGUGACUUGAUUCCCUUUGCUCCUUUUGGCGAGUGCAUGCAUGCAGUUGGAAGUUGCAUGAAAUUUCAUAUCUAUAUAUAUCUGGUUGUUGGUUAUAUAGUAUAUCCCAAAGCUCUUAAUAUUGUUUGGGGAAACGAUGAGCGCUUUUGGAGGUUACCCAAAUACGAAAAUGAUGGUGCAGAACUUAUACAAGUAAAUUGGCUGGAGGUAACUGGUUGCAUUGACAAUAUUGUAGAAAAGAAAUCAUACGACAUUGGCUUUACAAUGUCACUGAUGACUGAUGCGUUCGGUUGGAAUGAUUCACCGGUUUAUACAGGGGCGGAGCUACCUGGUCCCGAGGGGUGUCAAGCGACACCCCUUCGCCGGAAAAUUACAUUGUAUAGUCGUUUGGCCCAAGCAAGAGCCAUGCAGUUCAGAGAAAAGGAAAAGAAGUUGACGAAGAAUCUAAAAGACAACGAGACUAGAGACAUCUGCACACGGUAACUUUGAGAGAGCAAAGGAUUUGUAUAUAUGUUUGUGCAAAACAUUGUAUAGUUUUUGCCUGUGCUUUAUUUUUUGCAAGAAGUUAUUGUUGAAGUUAGCUAAGUAGGUGUGAAUGAGAAAUGGAGGAAAAAAGGAAAUGAAGGGAAAAUGAGAUUUAGAGUCUGUUUGGAUGGGCUUAUGCCUAUAAGUUGUUUGCAGCUUAUAAGCUAAAAAAAAUGUUGGAGUAGUCUAACUUAUUUUUUUUGGCUUAUAAGCUGUUUUCAGCUUAUAAGCUGCUUUAGAUAAGCUAAGUCAAAUGGGCCCAAUUAUUUUUUUGAGCUUAUUUUAAGCACAAAAUGACUUUAAGCUGGCCAGCCAAGCACUCAAAAAAGCUGAAAACAGCUUAUAAGCCAAUCCAAACGGGCUCUUAAAGCAAAGUUCUUUUUGGAAAGGAGUUUUGUCCCACACAGGUGGUGGAAAUCAAAAUAAGUGUGCUUAAAUAGAGAAGCACUUCUUUUAGCUCUUAAAGAGUUGAGAUGAGGGACUCCCCUUGCGCCGUCCUUGUUGCUCGGCUCGGCUUUGGAUUUGGUCGAUUGAUUGAUAAUCUUCUUAAACCGAAUUUAUUUUAUUCAUUUUUCCAUUUCUAAUAUUUUUCCGAUAAAAUUAAUUUAGAAAUU